CACUACCCGUCCGGACGACUGACAGCUGCUGAGGAAGCAUUCAACACCAAGCUUGAGCAAAUACGGGUAGUGGGCACUUAAAGGGAGGUGGCAGAUACUGAUGAAACGGACUGAAGUGCAUUAGUUUGUUAACAAAAUUGCCACUGCCUGCUGUAUCCUCCACAAACUUGUCAACAACAAAAUGAGGUGUUCAGGAAUCAUGGCUGCCUGUGAGACAGAUGGGAAAGAUUACCAGUGUUGCCAAGUCUCACGAGAAAAAAAGCGUCACUGCCUUUCAGAACAAGCGCAACCCAUGUUGAGUGGGUGUUUAUGCAAAUUUCAACCUGCGACUCUCAAAAAACAAGCCCAAUGCUGCUUAUUAUAAGCGGACUUGGCAACUGUGAAGGUUACCUCAGCCACCAGGUUCAAUUGGAGGCUCGUGCUGUCAGAGAUUCUGUCCUUUCUUUUAAGUUGUGUUGGAUUUACUGUUGUGUUAAAUAUUAAUGAUGCAAACAAAUAAAACACAAUCAAUAAGUUCAUUUGCAAUUUUAUUUGAUCAGUUCUGAGAGGGCAUCAGCAACUUGUUGGAUGUUGUCACGCUGCUUUUGGGUGAUUGAGCUGGCUCAUGACAUCCAGUUCACCAACUAUAUUUAUUAAUGUGGAUGGCAGACACGCGUUGUCUUUGGCUGGGAUCCAAAAAAAGGACAGGAAUUAAUUCAGUUAGACAUUUAAGCAGCUCAUUGCGCUUCGUGUUUAACUUUAGUGUAGUUUUUACAGCGAGGGUAUUCUCAAACAGCUGCUUUAAUACUAUAACAAGGGCAUAAUGCAGUUCACGGUAAGUGGUUUUAUACAGAACUGUAAACCCACAAGAGAUACAAUAUAACAGUCCAGACACAGCAAAAAAACAAUAAUAAUAAAAAAAAGCAUUAUCAUUAAGGUGAACUACACCACUGCUAACCAUAAAAUUGCCCAUUAGCCACUUACUAUCUUGGAAUCCACAGUAACUGACCUGCUCCCUUGCAAUAUUUAUAUUUAAGGAUAAACAAGUUCAUUAACAUUUACACGUGUGUUUCGUCAUUUACACGAGUAAAUGAGAUUUACCCUAUCUCUCUCUUUGGCCGUUUUUUUCGGCCACAAACUUGAUUUACCCGAAAUAAUUCUCCCAAACGUGCACACGCAUCGCCAUUUCACAUGUAAAUUGACCCACAUGGAAACCCCAUGAUUGUGAUCUCAGAGUGCAGUUUGGAAGAUAUGGGGUCAGUAACUCUUGAAAAUAACUAGGAGGAGUUAAUCCACUCAGGGCCUUGUAAGUUAACAGCAAAAUAUUUAAAUCAAUUAUAUACUGCACAAUUAAACCCUUGUUAAAAAAAAAAAAAAAAAAAAAAAAUGCUCAACAUAAAAAAGAACAAUCCUACUACAGUAGCAGGCACAAUUUACUCUGCUUCAGGGUUUCUGAUCGCAUCAGAUGAAUUACAGGUUUUUUGAAUCGUUUGAUGGAAAUGACCGAUGUCACAGACGCUUCUGGCACGUCCCUUUUGUGCUAUAAGUCAUUAGAUCCUUUUGCAUGGAAGGCCUCGGUUGCAAGGGUGUGCGGUUCUUUGAUGGACCCAGAUUCAGUUAAAAUGUUUUUAUCCACUAAUGAUGGGAAUGGGAAUGUAGAGAUGGGAGCCCAGCUAACAAGAUUUUUGCAGGUAUCAGGCUUUUAAAGACUGUCACCCACACCUGUGAGCAGAAACUGACCCAAGACUGUCACAGCUACUGGAAGCAGGCCGAUCUGAGCCUGGCGCAGAGAUUGAAUCCUGUUGGGAACGUGCUGAAUUAUUGGAUGAUUUAAACUAACCUGUAUUGAUUGAAAUAAUAUGAUAUACUCUUUGUCAAUAGUUAUAAUAAUACUGUAUAUGUUCCUUUCAUAAAGAUCUGUAUACUCAGUAGAAAACAAUGGAUAGAUGUUGUGUGCAGUCUAUGAAAGCACCUGCUGGAAGGAGUCAAACUUGGCAGGCUCUUAUCAUAAGGCCUUGUUAACGCAUUCCAGUUUUAUGAGAAAAAGUAGCCAAUUUCUUUCAUUACUUUCCUUUCGUUACUUUCGGAUAACAGAAGGUAGGAGUAUUAGAAAAUGCUUACAGUAGUGUUUCAACUAAUCAACACCAAAAAUUGGCAAAAGGCUAGGAUUAAAACCUGCUUCAACUGGAUUUUGUAUGAACUGAGAAAGGAGUCAGACUUAAUUCAGUACAAUAAUAUUAGCAACUGUUAUACUGAAGUGACUGAAUUAGAAAUACAUGUUUUAAAAUCAUUUAAAGUUAAGCUGUUAUACAAAUAACAUUAUUAUUGUUGAAAGAACAUAUUACAGUUAAAAACGAAAGAAAUUCAGUACUAACUGACACUGUCAGCAUAUUGUAAUAAUUGUACUGUGUUUUAAAGAAUAUAAAACCAGCAUAAAUAAUAUUGCAGCAAAUUAUGAACAGGUUACAAUGAUUUGAACAAAGAAAACUGAACAAGUGUUAAUGUCAGAAAAAAGCUUGUCUAUGUGCCUUUGUUAUUAGUGCACAUACACUCGUGGAAGCCUGUAACCUUGAAAGGAGGCUAGGUAUUACAAAUUAGUAAAAACAAAAGGGUAACCCUUUUUAGACAGAACAAUAUUUUAAACUAAAAAACAAAACAACUUAUUUGAUUGUGUUGUUACUAAGCAUAGAGGUUUUAAAAAAAUGUAUUCUGAUUUAAUAAUAGAGUGACAAAACUCCCUGAAGAAAAAUAAUAUGUUUUAAGUAUUUUGAUCUAAUAAGAAACAUAAUAUUUAAACUAACAAGUGUUUUUGCUUGUUAAGGCUCUACUGUAAUACAAAUAGACUGUAAAAGCAAUAAAAAACAGGAACUGUUAGGUUGGAAUAUUAGACAAAUAAAGUGUAAACUCUAUUAAAUCAUUUUAGUACACAAUAAAUCUACAGAAAAAUAGCCUUGCCCUUAUCUGCUUGCAAGCAGAGCGGUGCUAGAUAUGGAAGGUUCUUUUUGGCAGUCAAAGUGAGAUUUACCUGUAGUUCACAGUUUUGAAUCCAAGGUCUUUCUAUAAUAAGAAAACCUUGUAGUAGAAGGGAGCAUUCCACAAAUUAGGGGAGUUGUGUCCAGUCACAGUUCUUAUCAAAUAAGUAGCGACUUUCGUUAGGAGAAAACUGAUUUCAUGCGGUGAAUUUUGAGAAGUGCUUACAAUGGUGUUUCAUAUUAAUCAAAACAUAAUCUUGGCAAGAAAACAGGGUGUCUGAAUCCAGCUUGUGCAGGCAACUUUUAGAAACAGAGAGAGAGGUCAGGCAUAGUCCGAGAAUGGCACAGUUAAAUAAGGCUAUUAUACUUAACAUGUUUAUUAUAGCUUAAAUUUAAAUUAAACUAAUUGAAUUGACCACUGUAUGCUUAUUCAAAGGCAGUCUUUGUCCCAUACUUUGUUAACACAUAUUUGUAUAUGAAGUUAAACUGACCCAUUGACAACACACUGAAACGGUAACAUAAUAUGCAGCUAGGAGGAACAUAUAUUUUGGACUCAGCUAAAUACAAUCAAAUAGAGCUGGUGUUACAUAUUAAAAACAUCUCUCAUAUAUACACAUAUACUUGUAUUAUAUUAUAGCAAGGAUUCUGUGAACUUUGGUCCACCUGACUUUUUAGAAAAAGGAGGAGUUGGAAAAAGAGAGCGAUGAAAUCAUAUUCCAAUAUUUUUUGGCAAGAGGUUGUAUCCAAUCAGUUUUGAAAAAGGAGUUGACCAGAUCCUUCUAGAAUGUAUAAUUAACUUAAAGAUAAGAAAUGUCAAGGCUGAGUGAUGAUUAGAUUUACUUGGGACUUCUGAUGUAUUCAGUAGAGGGAAAAUCCUAUAAAAACCAAGGUAAAACCCCAGUCAAGUAUCGCUCAACUUGCUAACUACAAGCUGAUGUGAUCCAUGCUCUGAGGAUCUCUGAAAAACGGAUUGCUGUUUGGUCAUAUUCACAAGUCUCUGUCUUUUGAAAAUCCAUUUCUUGUGUCCUGGGUCCUGCUUUUAAAGGGGCAACGAACGACCUCUGUGAUCUCAAUAAGGAAUGGCAAGACCUCUUUAUCCACUUGUUUUCAACAUGGGCCUCAAAUGAGAAGUUUUUUUUUCACCUGCCUUGUCUUUUUCCAGCAGAACUGGGAUCCCAUUGGGGAAAAGGAGACUUCAAUAUACAUCAAUGUUUAAAAGUCAUCAAAUUCCAAUAUAACCUACAACUGGGGAACCAAUUCAACAGGCCUUUUAAAUACUAUAUUCGCUGCUCUUCACCAAGUCUUAUUUUUUUUCUAUCAUUUUUUUUUACUGCUCAUAGUACCCUUGUUAUAUUCAGCACUAACCAAAAAGAAAGGUGUUUUUUUUAGUGAUUAGUGGGAUAACUGGGUUCAGAUCCAUAGGUGAAAACACUUAUAGUAAUAAAUGGAUUGUCCCUAAGUGAAAGUAAAAAUAAUAACAUGGAAUAUGAAGAAACAUGCAAAUGUAUUAUUGUUCACAUUUAGGCUGUCUACAUAGUGCAUUAGUUGUGUGCUGUCAAAUAGACAUAAGGAAAUGGAUGAAUCAUCAACAAACCACCCCCUUCCACCUGUCUCGCCCACAGUGGAAAUCUACAGUUCAGCUUCCACAGCUCUGUCUGAUUAGCCUCAUGCAGGGAUGAAGGGUGUGCAAAUAGAAGUUAAAUAGCUUUUUACUUUAGUACCUGCCAAGCGUGAGUUUGCUUUCUGCAACAUAACACAAAUAGCAAGCAUUUGUAUUACAGAGAACUCAAAUUAGAAUCCACCCUCAACAGUACUUAAAGCACAUAACACACCCUUUUCACUUAUAAUAAAGAUUCGAUUUUGUUUUAUGUUUCUUCCUUUGAUGAUAAUCGUCAGAAAAGCGCCAGUAGAACGACGGGAGCUGUGUAAUUUGUGAGUGACAAGAACCACAUGCCAUGUUAACUGGAGCUCCUGGAGGGGGGUUGUUUUCCUUGAACUAGCUAAUGAAACAUGACACGGACACAGAGCUACAAGAGCAUGAAGCUGAUACACGUUUAUGAGUGUAUGGUAAUGAUAUACACAUAAAAUGACACACACAUUUAAGAGGUGUGACCGCAGUGUUUGGAGUAGCUGGGUUAAAGAUUACACAUGAGAAAUGUUAAGGUAAGAGAAGGUCCCUCAGUAGUUUUAUCUUCUUCUAGUCAUUGGUAGUGUUUGUGCUAACCACUUAGAACUAGAACAGAUACUUAUAAAUAAUGCAUCACUUGUUUGCAGUUACAAAAUCCAAAAAUCCAAAAGCACACAAAAAAAAACAGUAAAAGAAAAAAAAAGAUAUGGGUUAAAAAACAGAGGUAUAAUAUAUAUAUAUAUUUUUAUAAAGCAUGAUGUGGAUCACUUACAUCAUCCAUUUCUUUAUAUAAGUUUAGUAAAUGUCAAUCAAACUGUAUCAUUAAAUAACUACAUAACUUUACUUUUUAUAAACCCUAUAUUUAUAACAAAUUAACACCUCUCUCUUUUUCUAUAUCAUGACAUUUGUAUUUGGAAAUUUGAUUUUUAGCAUGCUGUAACUAUAAAGAAAGCUAAAUCAGGAAAUGUAUUUUACAAAAUUAUCUCUCAUUACCAGUCAGGGUAUUACUAGGACCUGUCAUGUGAAUCAAUAUAGAUUAGAAUGAUCCUCCCCAGAUACACUUUCAUUUUCCUCAGGUUUGCAAUGGAACAUUACUGUAAAUCAUGUGUGAUUUAUGCUGACUUCCAUUGAUUCAGCAUCAUAAAGAGGCAUUUAUUGGAAAGUGUUACAUGUAAGUUGUUACUUUGGAUUAUGUAAGGAUUUAUAGGUACAAUGACAAAGACAAAGGGUUUUGUUUUAAAAUUGAGUUUUUGACCCAAUGAAAAACAGGUCAUGAUACAAAGUUACAUUCUCCAUGAUUGUAUUGAUUUUAAUCCACAGUUUAACGGGUAACACUUUAUAUUAAUGUCUCUAACUACACUGUAAGUGCAUUCUAAUUGUGUGUGUAGUUACAUAGUAAUUACACUAUAAAACAUAAAACCUUGUGGUAAUAUACACUGUAAUAUACAUUUUUUUAAUCAUUAUUUGUACUUAUUAUAGCAUUGCAACUACACAACCUUAUGGGUAAUUAUGGGGUUAUUUCAGUGUAGUUACAGUGUAGUAAGAGAACUUUACAUAAAGUGUUACCAAAAGUUAUAUACUAGACAUAAAAUGUGUGGGUUUCUUUUUUCCCUGUCAUUUUCUAUAGGGUGUCAGGGGUCAAGCCUUCCCAGAGGCCCACACUAAUAACAUCACUGCUCAAACAGCUGGACUAAAAUAAUCUUUCUCUGAUACUCACAAGAGCAGGAUCUACAGUAUUUGCCAAUCAGCAUAGUCUAAACUUUAUAAACAACAAAAGCAACUCUGUAAUUCAGUCAGUUAUUAAACAGUGUUAGUCAAACAAUAAUUUUGCCUAAGAGCAAUAUGUUCCUGUAAAAAUCCAUUUGAGAGGAUAGAAUUGCUUUGCAUUGCAGAAGCGUGCAUUGGAUUGCUUUUGGUAUAUGAGUAUACGGUGUCUGUAAUCAAGAUUGGAUUUUGACUUGACAAAUGGAUUUCUCAUUCCUGAUCACUUCAAUUGGAGGUCCUGUAAUUAUGUGUGAACCUGCGUGUGUGUGAGGGGCAGGUCACAAAUCUACUUGUGCAAGCUGAUCAAGAUAUCCUGUCUCUCUUUAUCUUAUUGUUAACAGCCAGUCAGCUCUCGUGAUUUCCAGAAAUGGGCUCUUAUAGAUCUUUGCCCACAACUUGUUGCAGACAUACAGAAGGCUCAGCACAAUCAAAUGAGCAAGCAGGAUUCAGGAGUGGAUUUAGCACAAUGGAUCAUCUUCAAGUUGUACGACAAGUGAUUCAAACCAGCAACGAGUACGAACUACCACUUUGCUUGGGAUUCAUUGACUAUGAAAAAGCCUUUGACUCUGUUUACACAAGAUCUGUAUUAAGCUCUCUGAAAAAACAAGGAAUUGAGAAAACAUACAGAGACUUGAUCAGCACCAUAUACAAGAAUGCAACAUUCACAGUAAGACUCCAUAAAAACAGCCACAAAAUCAAGAUUGAAAAAGGUGUUCAUCAAGGAGAUACAAUUUCCCCAAAGCUCUUCACGGCCACCAUAGAAGACAUUUUCAAAACACUGGACUGGGAAAAUAAGGGGCUGAAAAUCAAUGGAGCCUACUUGAAUCACUUACGAUUUGCUGACGACAUCCUCAUAUUCACAACGUGCCCAGAAGAAUUACAUACAAGAAUACAAGAACUACAUGAGGCUAGCAUCAAAGUGGUUUUGAAAAUGAACCUGAAGAAGACUUAAGUCAUGUUUAAUAAAUAUACCACUACACAGGCAAGUGAAGUCAAUGGGAUCAAGCUUGAAGAAGUCAAUAACUAUGUAUACUUAGGACAGUUUCAGCAAUGGAGAAGCAAAUGUGCGAAACCAGCAGAAGAGCAAAAAUGGGCUGGAGUGCCUUUGGAAGAUUAAGCAUGGUUCUGAAAGGGAAACUACCCUUAUGCCUCAAGAGGAAAGUCUUCGAGCAAUGCAUGCUGCCGGUGCUAACUUACGGAUGCGAAACCUGGACCCUCAAUGCAAAAAUGACUCAAAAAUUCUAAAUGACUUAAUGGAAUAUGGAAAGAUGCAUGCUGGGAAUAACAAGAAGCGACAAGAAAAGGAAGGAAUGGAUAAGAGUGCAAACAAAAAUAUGCAAUAUUAUUAUAAGAGUGAAAAAACUUAAAUGGCAGUAGGUAAGACAUGUAGCAAUAAGAAAAGACCAUCGCUGGACCAAGGAGAUACUAGACUGGAUCCCAAGAGAUAUAAAGCAACCAAGAAAGAACUUCCAGGAAGAUGGCAAGUUGAAAUUAGGAAACACGCCGAAGCAACAUGGAUGAGGGACGCAGCAGACAGGCUUUUGUGGAAGAAUCUUGGGGCUGAAUAUUAUAUAUUUAUAUAUAUAUAUUCCAAAAUAAUAAUGUGCCAACAAAGGGCAUCUGAAUUGCUUAAAAUAGACCCACCAGACUGCAGAACCUUGACUCAGCCUCUUAAUGGUGUGGUCUGACCCAGCAGAUUGGCAGUCAAACACUGAAAGAUGCGGAAUUGAUGAAGAAGAACUCUGGGCAACAGAGUAACCAGAUCUGGUCUCUCUUAAUUUUUGUUUUUGGUGUUGUUAUUGUUGCAAAAGAUAGACUGUUAGCUGUUGUAGCAGGUCGAAUUUGGGUAAUGUCCUUGUCUUAAUAAAGCUGCAACAUGUGAGUCUAAAGGCAUGACAGCCUCCUUCUGCUUCAUUCUGUUGAGUCAGGGGGAUUAGCAAUCAAAAAUGAUAACCUCAAAUACACACUAAUUCUUUUAAUUUUAAUUAAAGAUCCCAUACAAAUUAACGCUAACUAACUGCAUCCUAUACAGUACCUUCAAACACUUGCUAGCAUGUGUAGUGAGUGAUUUGGGUAUUGAGUAGCUGCAGUUUUCUCCCACACUGUUACUGCUUGUCAGUGCCAGAUUCCUUAUUCAGCAGUUUGUCUGUGUGGUUUGUCCGUGUGAUGACCUAUCUAUCACAGAAACAGUUUAACAUAGAUCUGGAAACUCAUUAUAUUCUUAUCACAUCUCCUCACUGUCCACGGAUCAAUUUCAGGGCACUAGAGAUCGGAGGAUAGUAUCUUAAGAUCUUCUCUUAUCUGGUGCAAUAACUCAGUUACAGAAGAACACAAGCCCUCAUUUAAAUUCAUUUUACCAGGAAAAAUAUCUCAAUACUGUACAGGCAGCAAUUUCCAGUGAUUGAAACAAGUUAGAACAAACAUAGCACACAAUAAAAUACGAUUACAAUAUAAAACAGGUGUCGCAUGUUUGAGUUUAGUUUUCUGUCCUAAGGUUGUUUGGUGACCCACCUUGGUUUACACUUGAGUACCUCAAUAAUAAUAAUAAUAAUAAUAAUAAUAAUAAUAAUAAUAAUAAUAAUAAUAAUAGUGUACCUCUUUUAGUCAUUGUCACCCUAAACUGGAUAGUUCACGUAAUAUUAUUUGGGAUCUGCAGAAUUCAAAUAAAGCAACGGUCAACAUCAUAUUCCAUUGUGCAGCUUAACAGUUGUAUAGGUUUUGUGUGUAUAUUACCCCUUGUUUCUUCCUUUCUUUUAAAACUCAUCAAAGAAACUUUCAGAGACUUAGCUUUGGAUUCCAGACCUCAACCUUGAGCUGAUGGCGUGUAAUGACAGCAGCAUGGCAGUUUUGAGGAGCCUGCUCCUAAGCAUUGCUGUGGCUAUUGUGGGAGUCUUUGCAGUUCAUGAGGAAGGAGGGCAGAUUCUGAAGACCAUCAGAGUAAAGAGGGACACAGCUGAAGCUGAGGGUCGCUUUGUCAACCAGAGCUUGAAGGAGCAGCCUGUAGUUUUCAACCACGUGUACAACAUCAACGUUCCCCUGGAGUCCCUCUGUGCUGUCAACCUGGAGUCCUCCCCCAGUCGUGUGGUGAAGGUGGAGGAGCAGGAGGGGGCCUCGCAGUACACCGAGCAGACAGCAGACCAGGAGAGCCAGGUCACCUUUACCCACCAAAUCAACAUCCCCAAGCAGGCCUGUGUCUGCCCUAGCUCAUCCACCAUGCAGGACCUGGCCAUCCGCAUUGAGGUGCUUGAGAGGGAGGUGUCCUUGCUGAGGCAGCACUGCAGCUCCAAUUGCUGUGGAGAGAGUGCAGCAACAGGUCGACUGGAUUAUGUCCCACACUGUGGAGGGCACGGCAACUUCAGCAUGGAUAUCUGCGGCUGCGUUUGUGAGGAGGGCUGGACCGGCAAGAACUGCUCUGAGUCGCGGUGUGCAGGAGACUGCUCGGGCCGGGGGUUGUGUCUGGAGGGGGAGUGUGUCUGUGACGGAGAUUUCACGGGGGAUGACUGCUCCGAGACGCUCUGUCCUGGGGACUGCAGCGACAGAGGGCUCUGCAUCGAUGGAGAGUGUGUCUGUGAGGAGGCCUACACUGGGGAGGACUGCUCUGAAGCCCGCUGUCUCAACAACUGCUCUGACCGGGGCACCUGCAUCAACGGGACCUGCCAGUGCCAGCAGGGCAGCAUGGGUGAAGACUGUUCGCAGCUGAUCUGUCUUAAUGACUGUAGCCAGAAAGGGAGCUGCAAGCAGGGCAUCUGUGCUUGUGAGGAAGGUUAUGUAGGCGACGAUUGCUCAUCAGUCACUCCGCCUAUAAAGCUCCGUGUGGUGGGAGUCACUGAACGGACCAUUGAUCUGCAGUGGGAAGUCCCCCUUGUGGUGACAGAGCAUCUUAUCACCUAUGUGCCAACUAGACCUGGGGGUGCCCAGCUGGAGCUGAGUGUGCCAGGAAACUGGACAAGCUCCACCAUCAGCGAGCUGGAGCCUGGCAUUGAAUACAACAUCAAUGUCUACGCUAUUCUCAACAAGUCGCUUAGUGUGCCAGUCAACGCCCAGGUCUCCACAUAUCUCUCCACUCCAGAGGGGUUACUUUUCAAAUCCAUCACUGAGACAUCGGUAGAAGUACAGUGGGAGCCAUUCUCCUACUCGUUUGAUGGCUGGGAAAUCAGCUUCAUUCCAAAGGACAAUGAAGGUGGAAUGAUUGCUCAGCUGCCCGGAUCCAUUACCUCCUUCAACCAGACAGGCCUAAAGCCAGGGGAAGAGUACACUGUCAGUGUGGUGGCACUGAAGGACCAAGCCAGGAGCCCACCAGUGUCAGCAACCGUGUCAACCUUGAUUGACAGCCCAAGCCAACUGACCAUUCGGGACGUCUCAGACACAGUGGCCUUUGUGGAGUGGACCCCUCCCAAGGCUAAGGUUGAUCAGAUUGUGCUGAGGUACGGGCUGGUCGAUGGGGAGGUACCUGGAACGACCUUCAGACUACAGCCCACCCUCAGCCAGUACUCCCUGCAAGUCUUGCGGCCAGGGUCGCGCUACGAGGUUUCAGUGGCCGGUGUCCGCAAUUGGAACGAGAGUGACUCUGUUUCAGCUGAAUUCACAACUGAAAUCGAUGCUCCAAAGAACCUGCAAGUGGUCUCCAAGAGUUCUGGGACUCUGGAACUGGAGUGGGACAACAGCAAGGCUGAGGUGGAGAGUUACAAAGUGGUAUACAGCACACUGUCUGGAGACCAGUAUCAUGAGGUCAUUGUGCCAAGGAAUGACGGGCUCACCACUAGGGCUACACUGACAGAUCUGGUGCCAGGUACAGAGUAUGGCAUUGGGAUAUCAGCAACUUUGGGCAGCAAUCAAAGUGCUCCAGCAACCAUGAAUGCCAGAACUGGUCUUGAUUGCCCCACGGAUUUGACGGUGACAGCCUCCACAGACAAUACCAUCUCCCUGCUCUGGGGGAAGGUCCAAGGCCCCAUCAACCACUACAGAGUGACUUACACUACAUCCACUGGUGUGGUGUCUGAAGUGACUGUCCCCAAGGAUGUGUCUAUGGUCACUUUGACUGACCUGGAGCCUGGGACAGAGUACACCAUAUCGGUGACAGCACAGAGAGGCCGGCAGCAGAGUGUUGCUGCUAUCAUUGAUGCAUUCACAGGAUUCCGGCCCGUCACACAACUGUACUUCUCCGACAUCACUUCCUCCACAGUGACGGUGGCCUGGAGUGCUCCUGCCCCACCAGCCGACAUGUUUAUCCUUAACUACAACCCACAGGACCAAGACAAUACCCUGCAAGUCACCCUGGAUGGCUCUAAGACACAAGCAACCCUCGCUGGCCUGCUGCCCUCCACAGAGUAUAUUGUUACUCUUGUCACCAUACAAGGGACUAUAACGUUUGAACCUGUAGUGGGUUCAAUAACCACAGGGAUGGACCCUCCGAGGGAAAUAACUGUAUCCAAUGUCACUGAAGACUCUGUGACGGUGUCCUGGGUCCCCCCAAUAGCACCAUUUGAUUACUACAAGAUGUCCUACCAGACAGCUCAAGGGAGAGUGGACAGCGUGGUGAUUGACAAUCACGUGACUGACUACACCCUGAGCAACCUGAAGCCAGCCACGGAGUACGAGAUCAACCUGAAUGCAGUGAGGGGGGGCCUGGAGAGCGAGCUCAUCAGUAGCACUGUGCACACAGCUAUGGACAGCCCUCUAGGAUUGGUUGCUAUGAACGUCACUGCGACCGAAGCUGUUCUUCAGUGGCAACAGCCCCUCUCCAGUGUGGACAACUACGUUCUGAUUCUGACACAUUACCAGGCAGCAGCUGAUACCAUACUGGUAGAUGGCACCAGUCAGGAGUACAAGCUUACCAAUCUCAUGCCAAGCACUAGCUAUUCCGCCACCAUGUAUGUUACUAAGGGACCACUCACCAGUGGCACUAUCAAUGCCAACUUUAUAACACCUAUGGAUGCGCCUCAGAACCUGACAGCCAGCGAGACCACCCACAGGAGUGCCCUCAUCUCCUGGCAGCCACCCAUUGCAGAUAUUGACAACUACCUGCUCACAUACAAGUCCGGGGACGGCAGCAAGAAGGAGUUGAUCCUGGAUGCUGAAGAUACGUGGAUCCGGCUGGAGGGUCUCUCUGAAACUACUAAUUACACUGUGAGGCUGCAGAGUGCUCGGGGAUCAGAGACCAGUGCCAUUGUCUCUACUGUCUUCUCCACUGGAAAUCGUCUGUUUGCCAUCCCUCAGAACUGCGCCCAGCAUCUCCUGAACGGAGAGACUCUGAGUGGGGUUUACACCAUUUAUGUGAACAGGGAUCCAAGCCAAGGAAUGCAGGUGUACUGCGAUAUGACCACAGAUGGCGGGGGAUGGAUUGUAUUCCAAAGGCGGCAAAACGGUCUGACAGAUUUCUCUAGGAGGUGGAGUGAUUACAGAGUUGGCUUUGGCAAUAUGGAGGAUGAGUUCUGGCUUGGGCUGGACAAUAUUCACAGGGUUUCUUCCCAGGGUCGUUACGAGCUUCGCAUUGAUAUGCGGGAUGGACAAGAGUCGGUGUAUGCCAGCUAUGAUAAAUUUUUCAUUGGAGAUGCACGGAAUCUUUACAAGCUCAGAAUAGGGGAGUACAAUGGAACUGCAGGGGACUCACUGAGUUAUCACCAGGGCCGCCCUUUCUCCACCAAGGACAGAGACAAUGACAUUGCCGUCACAAACUGUGCCUUGUCAUACAAGGGAGCAUGGUGGUACAAGAACUGCCACCGAGCCAACCUGAACGGCAAAUAUGGAGAGUCCAGACACAGUCAGGGGAUAAACUGGUAUCACUGGAAAGGCCAUGAGUUCUCCAUUCCCUUCAUUGAGAUGAAGAUGCGGCCAUACAACUAUCGCAAUAUCAACGGGAAAAGAAGGAGGUCCACAAAGCUAUAAUCACUGCAAACCCCUUAGCUCUACCUAUUUCUAAGCAGGGGAAAAAUGAAAGUAGUUCUGUGAUAAGAAAGAAAAAAAAAAUAGUCACAUGGUCGUACAGAAAGGCUCACAUGCACAUAAGGGGAACUGAACCAAGUUUUCAACGACAUCAAGUGUUUUAUUGUGUGCCUGUCUUCACAAUAUAUCAGGGUGCCUAUAGAUGACUUGUACAGCAAGUACAUGUGUAUUAAUCAUAGCGAGGCACAGUGGUUAUUGGGGGAGUUGCCUAUAUAAUAUCGCCCCUAAACCCAUAGUGAUUUCUAAAAAGAGUCAUUAACAUUGCUUUAUGCACUGUAUCUUUUCUUUUCUUGAUAAUUUAAAUAUUAUGUUCAUAAAAAAAGUUCUCAGCAUUUGCAUUGGUUUUUAGUGUUUUAUUUGUGAUUGAUUAAACCAUCAAUGUAUUGUACAAAAUAACAAUAAUACUAACUGAAUACCACAUUAUUACAGCAACCAAUCUAUAGUAGCAUCAUUGUUUGAAGAAUGGGGAGAGGGAAGCUGUAAGUAUAAGAAAUAGCCCUACUUGUAGUAAGGAUGCUUUGGCUUAUAAAUACACAGGUACAUUUGUUCAAACAAAAAAAAAAGUAAAGCCAGUCAAUUGAAAGUUCCAUUUUAUCUGUAUAGUUGUAUAACUAUGUGAACCUUCUGAUAUUUGUUUUGUUUUCAUAUUUCAUAAUUUUUAAGUGAGGUUUUCAAGUAGACAUCAUAUACACACAAUAACUAUAGAGCACUGCCCCCUCACAACUGGAUUUGGAAGCCUUGAGAUUUUCCACCCUGGGGUUGGUUGAAAACAAAGGUUCAUUUCCCCUUUCGAACGUUCUUUUCUGUUUUCAAUUUAUUUUUUAUACUUUUAUUUGCAUGGUGACCAUUGGCACGAAACCAAAGAUUUGCAAUCGAAACAACAAGGACAAAUAACACAGUGUCAAAAAUGCCAUGAACAUUAAAAAAAUAUGUUUUGGUAGAUAGCCAGGGGACCAGCCGGCUGAUGCAGCAUUACAGUAGACUAGUGUAAAAAUGAAUUGGCUUGAAGCUAAAUCUGCUCAAUUGUGAAAUUAGAAAUGAAAUGAGGUCAGUUGAGGGAAUUUUAAUUGGCUAAUGAAUAUUAAAUAGGACAUAACUGGAAAAACAAACACAUUGCUUGUUAUCACUAACUUCAUUUGGCCAUUUUAGCUUUUAGGACAAUGAAAAAUGACCAAAAGCUUAUGCUUUGGUACCUAAUUUAUGCGUAAAAUUAUGUAUAUUUUCACAAUUUGUGGUCUCUCUAGUUUCUAUAUUUCCCAACAGGGGGAAGAAUAAGAACUUUGUCCCCCAAAACAGUGCCUGCUCAUGGUUUGUACCCUAAGCACUCUGGCUCACCAAUGCAACAUUCACUGUCUCCGCUUCUUCACACUCUCUCCCUUCCCCUUGUCCUAUUCUUUAAGGAUGAGGAGGAACCCUCCAAUGUGAAUAACGUGAUCAAGACUUUUUAGGAAAAACCCACUUCUUAUUCCAUGUGGACCAAUAACCUUUCUGUAUCCUAACACUGAAAUAUUUGGUCUCCCGUCACUUAAGGUUAAUGAUUAUAAACUACAUCUUAAGGAUGGGUGAUUUCCUUGUACUGUAUUUUAUUACUUUUUAUUGUUGAUGUUUAUUGUUUUGCUUACAUAGUUGAAAUAAGCUUUUAUUCACUUGAUGGAACAUAUUCAUAUAGCAUUAACAUGUCAGUAAAUACAUGGCAAUCCUAUGCAUUUUCUUUCACACGUAUGCUUCAUGGACACUGUUCUAUGUACUGUAAGAGUAGUCAGAAUGUUGUUACAAGUGUAAGGAAUGUUCUUUAUUGAUGCCAUUUAGACAGCAAAUCAACAGCAAAUCAACAUUCCACACAAAGUCUUUAUUGUGUGGUGUUUGCUUCUCUAGAUGGGGACUUACCAAACCUCCUCAUCAACCUUCCAAAAAUAUGAGGCAGAAACUCCCAUAGAGGUAAUGCUCUUCUGGCUUAACAAUAUUCCUUACAAAAUAUGAAUAUGGUAAAAGCAUAGCAAAGUGUAGUAAAGCAUAGUAAAUGUAUUGUGAGAGCAUGGUAAAGCAUUGGCAGGCAAUUGAAAUUACAGAGCAGCAUGGUACAGUUUAAACCAUGGUAAAGUCAAUUAAAUGCAUAGUAUACUGUAAGCAUGGGGGAAGCAUGGGGACCUUUAAAAUUACUGUGCAAAUUUACCAUGGCAAAUGUUAAGGGACAAUGCAAUAAAGACACUGACCCACACCUGUCAAGUGUACAGUUAGCCACUUACAAAUGUAUACAUGUGUGGUGAUGUUGUACAAUGCCACCUUCCAAAAGCACACAGAAUUGAGAGCUUAAAUAUUUUCUAUCCUGGACCUGCUACAGAUACUCCUGAGGUGGUCAUAAAUAAUGUACAAUAGAUUAUUCCAUGAGCAUCUGACUGUCUGAUAUUCCCAAAUCUUUCAGUCUGUGGAACUUGACUAGGUUAUAGAUACCAGUCACUGCCCUGACUUAAAUUAGCACCUGUUGUGGGACAGGAUUUUAACAACACACUUGGUUACCCCAACUGUAAAUGAUCAGUAAUAGUCCUUGAUAUAUUAGAAACUAGAGCCAGUGCCAUAAAUACUUCUUGGUUAAUUGCAGAAGUGUGGGGGGCCAACAUGGAAUGGAUUGUACUUUUUUUAAUACUAGUCUGUGGCUCUUCUGCUUUUAAAAUAGGGUUGCCUUCUGUUAGCUGUGAAAGUACAUGUAUCUUUAAAUACUGUUUGAGAGGAAUCAUGAUACAGUAUGAGCUCUUUUGUCUCCCUUGCUGCCAACUAUCUAAUAACUUCUGAGACUAAGCUAUGUAUCAUGAGAGACCUAACCCUGCUUUCAUCUUGUGAAUCACCUACUGUGACAUUGUACCAUACUAUGACUUAAAAAAAAAAAAUCAUUUUUCAUUCUUGGUGUUUCUGAGGUUAUUUGUUGAUUUUGUGUUUUUAUUACCCGCGCAAAGCAUUAGUGGUCCUGCGUCUUUGCACACCUUACUCUACAGCCAGUUGUGAUGCCAAUUCACCAGCAUUUUAAAUUUGCACUGCAAUAUAGUUUUUUUGUGAAUUGUACUCUGCUGGACCGACAGUGCUUUGCUCGAGUCUCUUGAAAUUGGAAACAAUGGUCAUUUUCAGUGAGAGCAAAGCCAUAGAGAGAAGUUGUACUUUUUUGAUCAAUUGUUUCAAUUGAUCACAUAUGUCAAUAUUGCAGUGUAAUAAGACUCUUUGAAAAAUCUAACUUUGGCCAAUUCAUUGGUCUAAACAAGAAACAGUACAACUGAUUUUUUUUUAUGUCAUUCCUUAAAGAGUUAUGUUAAGAGGAAUAGAUAAGCAUGGUCUUCUUCUAACAUUUCUACGAUUUGCUGGGGUUUCCUACUAAAGCAUGAUAUACUGUAAUGAUCUAUGAGAAAACCUAUUAAGAUUACAUUUUUAUUUUUUAUUUUUUUAUAUAAGAGUGGCCAGGUCAAGAGGCAACCAGGUUACAGGAUAUUAAAAACAUUGCAGUCACAAAGCAAUUGCGCUCACUUUUGUUCAGUUACCCCAUAAGCUUUUCUGAAAGAGGAAUCGCAGUGAUCUUAACUUUCAUGUUACAGAAACUGUUUAGGGAUGUGCAUACAUUCAGUUUUUAUUACACUUGCAAGGCGUUCUGCAAAGUUCAAUACUUGUCAUCCGAGGGAAAGUUUAUAGACUGGGUUCAUUUAUUAUGAUUGCCUAUCAAAGGUUAUGGUACAUUAAAGCCUUGGGGAGACCUAGCAAGGGCAGAUGUAGCACAAACUCCAGCCAUAGCAAGUUAAGAAUGUAUAUGUAGGGUGGGUCUGUUACAUUUCUUAGUAUUUUGUGCUAUUUCCUGCAUAGGUGGUACUCAACUCUGGCCCUUGAGAUCUAUUCCAGUCCUUGUCUUUAUCCCAAACAUUUCCUAAAUUCGUUAAUUGCCACUUAUGAGCUUCAAUUAACUACAUUAGAACCUGCUUGGAGUAAAAACCUGGACUGGAUUAGAUCUCGAGGGCCAGAGUUGAUUACCGCUAGACUAGACCUUUCCUGUGUAAUCUGGAAGUUUAUUUAAAUUAUAUACUGUAUAUCUCUGUCUAUCUAGAUUUUUGGAAUGCAGUUACUUCAGCUAAAAUGACAAAACAUUUGAAAGUGAGGACAGUGGUUUUAAUCAGUUUGAACUAUUUUCUGAUUUGGACUUGGUUUAGAAUGUUACACAUUGUGUGUUUUAUUGUUUUGGUUGCCCAUGACCGUAAUCUUUUUUAAGAAUGCAGGGGAUCAUCAAAGGCAUAACUUAACUCUAUGGCUCUGGCUCUUCUUUUUUCUUUAAUAAUUACAAGAAUCAUUGCCUGCCACAUGCUUACAGUAAUAUACUGUGAGGGAAGACACAAACUGUGUGGUAUGUUACACACAGAUCAACAUGAUUCCGUGGAUAACGAGAAAUAAAAUUGUUAAGCAUAGCUUGAAUUACUCUUAACACAUGUAUAGGCCCUUUUUAAUACAUUUUCUACACAAUAAUAAAAUAUUCAAAUUGUCUGA